AUGGCUCUCCCUCCCAAGUUCGCCGGCCAGCGUUUCAUCCCCACCGAAGGAGCUGGCGCGAGCUCUUUUCCUUCUCAACCCCUCCACACCGUCGAGAUCUUCCUCGACUACGUCUGUCCUUUCUCAGCUAAAAUCUACAAUACCCUCUACACCUCCCUCUUCCCCGCCCUCGCUUCCGACCCCUCCGGCCUAGGCUCCAAGCUCCAAUUUAUCUUCCGCCACCAAGUCCAGCCCUGGCACCCGUCCUCCACACUAACCCACGAGGCGGGGCUAGCCGUACAGCGUUUAGCCCCCACCAAAUUCUGGGACUUCAGCGCGGCCUUGUUCAAAGACCAAAAGGCUUAUUUCGACGUGAGCCUGGUGAACGAAACGCGCAAUGAGACGUACAAGCGGCUGGCCAAGCUAGCCUCCCAAAGCGUGGGGGUUGAUGAGAAGGAGGUGUAUGAGUUGUUGACUAUCCCGACGGAGGCGGCCGACGAUGGGAGUUUGAACGUGGGGAAUGCGGUGACGAAUGACUUGAAGGUGGUGAUUAAGAUGGCGAGGCUGGUGAGCGUGCACGUGAGUCCUACGGUUAUCUUUGAUGGGGUGGUGGCCGGGGAUGUGAGCUCGAGUUGGACGGUGGAGCAGUGGUUGGAUUUUUUUAAGAAGGCUACUGCUUGA